CAGUACAGACGCGCCUCAGCAGCAGCAGCAGCAGCAGCGGAUCCACCGAGACGCAAGAGGAGGAAUAUGAGCCACAUCUGAAAAAAGAAAGGUCAAUGUGGCUACUCGAGCAGCUCUCUGGGGUAGUUGUCAGUCGUCGUGGAUUCCUGAGGCUCGUCUCUAUAGCAACCCAUUCCUCCUCCUGAGUACUCCUGCCAACUUACCCUCUCUGCCACACGACGAAUCUCUCCUCAUCCCCCCGGCCAAUCGCCGCCUCUGAACUGCGUUGGAAUGGACACUGAGUCGACCCACUCGGGCUACUCCUAUCACUCCAGCCGCUCAGGGAGAUCAAACCGGCAUGGCGAUCGAAGCCGUGAGCGGCACAAGGCCAGCAGCAGUAAAGACAGCAGUCGCUCUGAGAGGUCUGUCGUCAUCAACCCCCCUGACACGCCCUCCCAGGACUCCCCGGUUCACAAUGGGGAACCGCUGCCAGGAGAACCCGCCCCAGCAGCAGAUCAGGGAGACGAGGCUCAGGAUGAUAACUGGGGGGAAACAACCACUGCCGUGACGGGCACCUCAGAGCUCAGUCUUUCCCAGGAGGAAGUGGUUGGACUGGGGAAGGAAUUGCAGGACCGGACCCAAGGCUUCCGCCGUUAUCUCCCCCUGGCUGUGGGCUCGUGUGUGGGGCUGCUGGUGCUGGCCACACCCCUGGCCUUCCUGCUUCUUCCGGCCAUAAUGUGGCCGGACAGGCUGGAGCCGUGUGGUGCAGCCUGUGAGGGCCUCUUCCUCUCCAUCGCCUUCAAGCUCCUCAUCCUCCUGCUGGCCGUGUGGGCUUUGUUCCUCAAACCGGGCCGUGCGAGCCUGCCCAGAGUGUGUGUGUACCGUGCCUUUCUCACCACACUUACACUCCUGCUCACCAUGUCUUAUUGGCUCUUCUAUGGGGUCCGGAUCCUUGAUGCACAGGAUGAAGACUACCAUGGGAUCGUCCAGUUUGCGGUGUCCCUUGUGGACUCCCAGCUGUUCGUCCACUACCUGGCUGUGGUGCUGCUAGAGCUGCGCCACCUCCAGCCCUGCUACAGCGUGUGUGUCAUCCGCUCCACGGACGGCGAGACGCGUCACUAUAACAUUGGACAGCUCAGCAUUCAGAAGGCCGCUCUGUCCAUUUUGGAGUAUUACUACAGAGAUUUCCCGCUCCAUAACCCGGCCCUUCUCUCUGCCUCCAAGCACCGGGCUGCCAAACACCUGGCCGGGCUGAAGGUCUACAAUGUGGACGCCCCGGGGAACACGGCGGGAGCGCAGCCUAGUAAUGGCAAUCAGUCACGGGCCAUGGUUACAGCUGCAGGCAAGCGCAAAGACAGCGCCCACAAUGAGCUGUACUACGAAGAGGCCGACUACGAGAGAAGAGUCCGUAAACGUAGAGCAAGGCUGGUGGUGGCUGUGGAGGAGGCCUUCACACAUGUCCGGCGGAUGAAGAAAGAGGACGAGCGUGCCACACCGUCUGACAUCAUGGAUGUGCGUGAAGCAGCUCUGGCUGUGUUUCCCUCCAUGGCCCGUGCACUGCAGAAGUACCUCCGCACCACCAGGAGGCAGCACUGCCACAGUAUGGAGAGCAUCCAGAAGCACCUGGCUUUCUGCCUCGUCAAUAACAUGAGCCCGAAGGCCUUCCUCGAGGCCUACUUGGCCCCUGGUCCCACCCUGCAGUACGGCCCUGAGCGCUGGAUGGCUGACCAGUGGACUUUGGUCAGUGAGGCAUCUGUCACCGGCGGCGUAAAGGACGGCUCAGAGUUCAUACUGAAGUGUCUUGACUUUAGCUUGGCUGUGACCGUCAAGGGCAUCCCUUACAUCCGACUGACGGAGGAGUACAUCGACCCCAAGUCCCACAAGUUUAUACUGCUGCUCCAAUCAGAAACCUCAGUUUAACACAGCGGACCAGUGCUGUUGAUCUGGACUUACAGGACUGUUACCGACUGCAUUUUUCAAAAAAAUAACUUUUUGUACUGUUUUUUGUACUUACGUUUAUGUAAUUUCCUCACAUAGAGUAUCUUGGUGUGCUUGUCUUUGUCUCGGGCGACAUGAAAGACGGUGAAAGACAGGAAGGAAUAUGCUUGGAUUUCUCUGUCCUGACAUUUGCAGAACACAGUUCAGGUAUUCCUCUAUGCACGACAGACGACCCUCACAAAUUUUCUUCUUCCUGUUAUUUGCAUGUGCCAGUGUGUGCCUGCGUGGGGGAGUUCAUGAUUUAGGAGGAGUGUGUGUGUGUAUGUGUGUGUGAUUUAGGGUGAAAAAGUGCGUUGAGUGUAGCCUACACUCUGGAUCUGUCUCGACCUGUCUCUUCUUUCUGCUUAGCGUUAACAUAGGGAACAGGACAUUUGAUAUAACCCAAACCCUUCUCACCAAAACUGCCCUUUCUCAGUCUUAUCAACAAUUAUUUAACUGUCCUGUAUUACAGAUGUAUGUACAGUAUUUAUAUGUGAAUAUACUUUAUCCUUCCAGACAUUUUAUAUCAGAAUUGUGCAUUGCUUUAUUGGUUUUUUUUUUACCUUGUCAAAGAUUUUUUUUACUUGUCUGUCUGUAUUUGUGGAACUAACGAACUGGACUGUAAAUAGAUUAAGACAUGUUUGUAAAUGUCAAGAAUCACUGGAAUCUCUUGGACUGAAUGCCAACCACAGUACAGCAAAUUAUCAAU